GAUGCUGACCUGUUCUUGCGUUUCUGCGUGCGUAUGCGCUGUCGCAUGAAUUUUCGCAGGUGGUGAUUUUUCGGUGCUGAAACGAGAGAAGCCCGAGGUGUGCGCCGGUCGCACUCGAGGAGCAACAACACAGGUCCGAGGCGCCCUGGUCGUGGGGCGUAGCCCGAAAUCGAAGGAGAAAAAAGGUCCUCGUAGUGGCCCCGUGCAACAUAUACCGCGCGUCGGAUUUCGUGCUAUUCCGUGAGAAGAUUACGAGAGCGCACACGUAAGAAGAGUUGAAAGAGGAAGAGAGAAGAAGGAGAAAGAGAAGGAAAGCAAGAUCGUUUUGACAAGCGGACCACCUAGUUACCGUAACACCACAUAUGAUGUCGUGUCGCUUUGAAUCGAGUUCGUUAACAGCGUCUUGAUUUUGAAAAUUUGAUUAAAGUGCACGCGAAGGAUUAAACGACAUUCUGACUUAUCAUUGUGCCAACGAGAAUCACUGCCAAUGUGCAAUUCCACAGAUACUUCCUACGUACAAAAAUUAGGCUAUUUACACCUUGGAGAUGAUGCUGCGGAUGCUGGUGGUGCGACCAGAAUCUCAGGUUCGAGACCUGAGGCUCAGGUACCUGUAUCGAGAAAUGCGAUUAACAGAAAUGACGCUAGAGCGUCUGGCAGACCGGUUGGCGCUAUCGAAAGUUUUAUUGAUGGCAAUUCGACGGAUAUUUCCAGACAGGCAGCCGCCACUGAUUACAAAUUAUAUGAACGUGAAAACAUAAUAGCUGCUUCACGAUUUGCUACGCCGAAGCCAGUGGAGCAAAUCAGUGCGCAGCAACAGCAACAACAACAGAAUCAGACUCGUGCGAGUCACCAACAGGCACCUGUUUAUGAGAAUAUAGAUUACUAUCCGCAGCAGAGUCAGCCACAUCCUCCUUAUUACCAUCCAAUAGAAUCUAGAAAGAGUCCGAAAAGUAGUCCUAGAGGUUCUCUAGUUGGCGAUUCCUAUGAAGGAAAUUACAGGAAAGCUCAACCGCAAGUCCCAACUGGCAAUCGUUAUCAAAGUGGAUCACCAGCGAAAGAAUUACCGCCGUAUGAAGCACCACCGGUAUACGAAAACAUACAAGAAGUGCACUUUUCUGAGAGCAUGCAGAAUAAGCCGGGACCACAGGUUCCGCCGAAUUAUUAUCAUCCAGCAAAUAUCAAUGGCGGUGAUUAUGUUGUUAUGACUGGAAAAGUGGGACAAUCUCAGAAUCAACGUGGAAUGACUCAAAGUUUAUCGUACACCCAACAAAGAAGUGGAAGUAUACGUGGUCAAAGUUACGACGGUUCAAGUUUACAACGAUCAAUCGAUUCGUCUACUGCUAAGUACUUACAAAGCUCAUCCUCUGCUUCCUCCGACCAUCAGUCUGGAAGAAGCGCUUACGUACCCCCCUCUGAAUUGCAACCACCAAAUAGAAACUUUAAUUAUAACGCUGAUCAGCAGCAGCAACAAUCUACGAGACCUGGUUUGCCAUACCACAGUGAGUCUCCUCCGAUACGCUUACCACCAGAGCCUCAUCAUUAUCGCGGUUCACUGGAAAAUGCUAUGAGUAGCCAACAAGGAUUUCGUGGUACAAAUCAGAUUGAUAAUAGCCAACCGCCUCAAUUUCGACAGGACAAUUCGCAAAAUUACAAACAAUAUGAGGCUUCUUCGAGGACUACAAAUACAAAUUUCACAGGAGACUCGCAAGCCAGAAAUUCUCCGGUAUACGGAAUUCGUUCAGGAGAACAGACAGCAUGUCGUAAUCCUCCAUGUUAUUCUCCAAAUCGUGCAAUGCCUCAGAAUGACAGAAACUAUCACCAUCAGGAAAAUUUCCCUGCAAGAAAUUCUCCCGUUUACUCCUCCAAUCGUUCUACAGAACAUUUGAGAUUAGGCACAUUGCAACAAAGUGACAGAAACUACAUGUCAGACGUAUCGGAUCUCCCAUCUACAAGGAAUACAUCUCUAUACUCUCCAAGUCGAAGCGAUCCUGUUAGGGCCAUUAUUGCCAACAACAAUGCAGUAAGAGAAUCUCCGAAAACAAGCCCAACGCACGGCCCGAUGCCAUUAGAUAUUGCUUCGCAAAAUAUAAUUAAUUCACCCAGACGUGGACUGUCUCUGUCGUCGACCAAUUCUAUGGGAAGUCCUAUACGUGGACAGGUACAAGCUCCUGUCAAUAGUGCUUCAACUAGUGAAAUUGACCUGAACGCCGGUCCCAGGAUCACUAGCCUUCCUCCCGGUGUCACCAGUGGAGUUGCAGGGCCCGUACUCCUAAAUGCUGGUGUACCUGUAUUGCAAAGAUCUUCUGAUCCAGAGGCAGAAGAGAGAAAAUCUGUUAGUCCGCCGAUCAAGCCUGCACCUGGGAAGGGAUUGUUGCCCUACAACGUCAUUUCUAGACCUUCGGGACCAACGGAAGCGGAAAGAAAAAUAGAGGAGUUGACGAGACAACUUGAGGAGGAAAUGGAAAAGCAGGAGGAAGAGGGAGAGUACUUCGGUAUUUGCCAUACAUGCGGUGAGAAAGUAACCGGCGCCGGACAGGCUUGUCAAGCAAUGGGCAAUCUCUAUCAUACCAAUUGCUUCAUAUGCUGUUCCUGCGGAAGGGCUCUCCGCGGCAAAGCUUUCUACAAUGUUCAUGGGAGAGUUUAUUGCGAGGAGGACUACUUGUAUUCUGGUUUCCAACAGACGGCCGAGAAAUGCGCGAUUUGCGGCCACCUUAUCAUGGAAAUGAUAUUGCAAGCCAUGGGCAAGUCGUAUCACCCGGGCUGCUUCAGAUGUUGCGUGUGCAACGAGUGCCUCGAUGGUGUACCCUUCACGGUCGACGUUGACAAUAAGAUCUAUUGUGUAAACGAUUACCACAGAAUGUUUGCGCCUAAGUGCGCGUCUUGUGGAAAGGGAAUCACGCCAGUUGAGGGAACUGAGGAAACGGUCAGGGUAGUCUCGAUGGACAAAGACUUUCAUGUGGAUUGCUACGUUUGUGAGGAUUGCGGCAUGCAAUUGACCGACGAGCCGGAUAAGCGGUGCUACCCACUUGACGGCAGACUUAUGUGUCGUGCGUGUCACAUCCAACGCAUAUCGCAUACGCAACCGAGAGCACCGCAACCGGUGUCCGCUAGCUAUCAGUUUAUGGGCUAAGUGUAUUGAUAUUUAAGCUUCUGCCGGAACUUUUGAAACUGCGCACGUAACGAUCAUCCGAUAAUGAGUAUUACGAAAAUCAAUUGAGUAAAGUGAAAGAAAUCGACGUUAACAUUCCCGAAUUUUAUAGAUUCAGGACGUGUGUACGUGCACACAUAUAUCAUAAUACACACUAAGUCCUAGUUUUCAAGAGACUUUCUCGGAAAAAUUGAAUUAGGAAAUGGGAAGGGGCGACGAUGUGAUAUUUAUUAAUGUCUUUUAAUUUGAUCAAGAUAAGAAUUUUUCAGCUUUAAUCUUACGACAAUGCACCAGAAUGAGCUAAAAGUUUGAGCUUUGCGAGACCAAUAUGUUGUACGAUCUGCUAUCACAGUAAACUCGAAUACUCCCAGCAACCAAAUUUAUCGAGAUUCUGUAAAAUGUCUGCCACUAAAUUUUUUCGACAAAAAAAUUACAAAUUUUAUAUAGAAUCUGGCUGUAUGCUGUUGGAAGAAUGCUCGCAAAAAUUUCGAAAUUCGUUAAAAUAUAAUGCUAAAUUAAUGACAGGAAUCAAGCAGAAUGACACUAUGUUUGCUACAUAGUGCAAGAUUGGCGACAGAAAUAGAGUAAUGUUUCAAAAAAUAAUAAUUCGUGACAAAUAUGUAUUAUGCAUGGCAUGUGUACGAAUCAAUCUUUGCAAAUUAUUCCUUCGCAUUUGAAUAAAAAUUGAUUGUCGCUCCGGCCAUACUGCAAAUUCAAGUGCGUUAUUUUUACACGCGUAAAACGUGCAAAAAUAACACAAUUAGACAGAAGCUCUUCUUACGUGUUUCUUUAUGUGUUAAAUUACAUCAUUUAGCAUGUUUAAUCUUAUUAAAUUAAAAGUUAAUACAUUCAAUCGUGUUAAAUAACGUGAUUUGAAAAAGCAAGAAAUGUGUAAAAAAAUCUUUGCCUAAAAUAACACACUUGGAUUUGCAAUACAUACGUUUUACCUAUUACACAGGAUUCUUGUUGUAAUAGUUGUCACUGUUAAUCUAUUGCGAUAUAUACGCUAAUAUAAUUACUAAAAUAUAUCUUAUGAAGAACAAUUAACGAAUCAAUACAUGACAAACGGCUGUUAAUCAUUGUAAAAAUAAUAAUCAAUUAUCUAUCGCGUAUUAGCUACAUUUUAGGCAGGUUUUACCGCAAAAAAUGCGAUUUUAUUUAUUCUGGUCUUUAAGCGAAAGACGAAUUUUUUAAACUUAAACAAAACAUGAUUACAAAACUGAUAUUAGGAAAUUGAAAUUAUUAUAUUGUCUUCUGGGAUCAAUUUGAUGUAUCAGUGCACGUUGCAUGAUUAUGAGUACAAGGUCUUUUUUAUCGAAGAUAAUCAAUUAUCUAGAUAAGUGGUACAUUUAAUAUAUGCGAUUCUUAUUUAUUUAGCAACUCUGCAAAUGCAGUGGUUCAUAAGGAUGAAUGAGUUGCGCAGGCAACUGUGAUAUAGUAGCAUAAUAAUUAUGCGUUUUUAAGCAAAAACUUCAUACUUUUUAUCGUGUGUAUAUAUAUUUUUAUCAGGUAUGUUUAUUAUAACGCAAUUUUAUGGUGAAAAUAUGAAUCCCGGGAAUAUUCCUGCGAAUUUCCUCCGUCGAUCAAGUUUCAUUGUAUGUACUUCAUAUAGCAUUCAUUAAUAAUAUUUAUUAAGACAGAUGUAUCGUCUCGCUGCGAGGACUCACGUAAUAUUGAAGGUUAUCGGUAUACUUCGAAAACUAUAUAAUAACGCCUUUAGUGUUUUCGCACAAAGUGUGGAGACUGGAAAAGUAUGCAGGCGUGCUAUAUAACGAUAAAUAUACGACAACAUUAUAGCAUUGAAAGACGCACAACUCGAGCUGCCAAAUAACUAUUGUUAUUCUUCAAGAUUAAUAAGCGUAAAUUGUUUCUACGUUACAUAUAAAUAAUUUUAAGUUCGCGCGCAUAUUGUAGAUAAAUAGUACGAUCUUAUUUAAAUCGUAAUAUGCAGUAUGUAUAAAUGACUACUCUUUAAUAAAGACAAACUGCAAUAA